CUGUUUUUAGAACUGCAUCGUGACUUACAAGAGUUAGUGUAUGGGCAACAUCUAGUGGUUGAUACUGUCGAGAAUGCCAUACGCGCUCACUGGACAAACGAUCAACCUAAAAAGCCUUUAGCAAUGUCAUUUCAUGGUUUCACUGGCUCUGGAAAGAACUACGUUGCCGAAAUCAUUGCAAAUAGCACUUUCAAAAAUGGUAUGAGAAGCAACUUUGUGCACCAGAUUGUCGCAUCUUCCGAGUUCUAUGAUAAAGACAAGAUUAACGAGUACAAGGGACAAUUACGGGCUCGAAUACUGGAUGCAGUGAAGAAAUGUAACAGAGCUAUGAUAAUUUUUGACGAAGCUGAUAAACUUCCUGAGCAGCUACUUGUUGUGAAGCCAUUUCUUGAUUACUAUGAUACUGUUGGAGGUGUCGACUUCCGGAAAAGUACAUUUCUGUUCUUGAGCAAUCGUGGUGGGCAGUUGAUCGCAAAUUUGGCUCUGAGCCAUCAUCAAUCUGGUAAUCCUCGCGAGGAUCUGACGCUCAAAAAUUUCGAGAGAUUGCUAAUGCAGGCAGCCUAUAACGAGCCAGGAGGAUUGAAACUGUGUGAAUUGAUUUCAAGCCAUUUAAUUGACCACUUCGUUCCAUUUCUUCCAAUGGAGCGGCGACAUGUCAUACUCUGCACUAUUGGCUACCUUAGGUCGAAAGGAAGGGAAGAUCUCGUUAAGGACGAUGAAUUAGUGCAGCGGAUUGUCGAUUCUCUACAGUACUUCCCGCAAGAACAGAAAGUAUUCUCGAGUUCUGGUUGCAAACGGAUUCAAGCAAAAGCAGAUUUGGAAAUUGCCAAACACACUCGCCCCUCAAUAGCCGUUAAACAUUUGAGAAUUGAUGACAAUGAUGAACUCUAG